GCCAUGCAAGCUUUCACACAGAAAGCGAUGGAGACCAUCCUGGCACAGCUCCCUGCCGCGCUCAGCGCGGCCACGGUCCCACUCAUGGAGAAGUAUGAGGAGCGCUUCAACCAGCAGCUACGACGUGUCGACGGUGAAGUCCAUGCACAGCGUGCUCGGUCGGACCUGCUCGACAGCACUGUGGCGGGCAUCGCUCACCGGCUAUCGCAUCUGGAAAAAGAGCUCGACCUGGCAAAGGCGAAGCCGCGUCCUCCCGUUGUACCGAACCCAGAGUGGGACAGGGAAGUGGACCUCUCCAUCCUCACGUCGGUGCCGAUCCAUAUCUCCGCGGACAAGAACAAAAAGAUGGUUGCCACAGAGAUUGCCUGCAAGAAGCUGCAACGGGGUCUCACCGACCGUGGCAUCCGUACAUUCCUCGACAAGGACAAUGGUCAACUUCUGGCCAAGUGGGAGCCCUUGGUGCGGGUGCUCCCUUUACCUGCAAGCAGAACGCCGAAGGUGGAAUGGAAUCUCCCUGCACUGGCCGACGCUGGCUUGUCCAGGGAUGAGGCCAAUGAGCUUGCUCGCCAGGUCUUCGACACAC